GUGUAUUGCUGCUGCUGCUGCUGGCGUGUUAAAAGUUUCGUUCAAAUCCUGGACUCGCACAUAUUUACCAAUGGCCAUCAAAGCAGGAAUGGGGAGGAAAUCCUCCAACAAAAAUCCUCCAUUCUUCAGCCAUGAGUUUGUAAUUCAAAAUCACGCGGAUAUUGUGUCGUGCAUUGCGAUGAUCUUCGUCGUAGGAAUAAUGCUACAGCCGACACAAUCCCUAGCUAGCACCUUCGUUGCCUUACGCCACAACGUAUCCGGAGCCGAUCCCAGCCAGGAAAACCCGAUGGGUGUACAGUAUCUGUACACGGCCGGCUGGAAAGAUGCUUGUGCGGUGUUUUUCUACACUCUUAUCUGUAUCAUCAUGCAUGCUAUACUACAGGAAUAUGUAUUGGAUAAAAUAUCGAAGAAGCUUCACUUGUCCAAGUUCAAACUGUCACGCUUCAAUGAAUCUGGUCAGCUGGUAGUUUUCUAUGCAAUGUCCUUCCUGUGGGGUUUGGAUCUGAUUGUGCGCGAACAGUACAUUGGCAAUAGGCAACGAAUGUGGGAAGGAUACCCUGAUCAUCCGAUGAUCUUCCUGCAUAAGAUGUUCUUCAUUAUCCAGCUAGCGUACUACGCGCACAUGCUGCCGGAACUGUACUUCCAAAAGGUGAAGAAAGACGAACAGAAGCCUAAAAUUCAGCAUGCUGUAGGUGGGCUGGUCAUUAUCGGAACUGCUUACUUCCUUGGAUUCCAGCGUAUUGCUCUCGUUCUCCUAACCCUGCACUAUUUCUGUGAGCUCGUUGCCCACAGUUUCCAGUUAGUGGACAUCGUCGAUAAGGAAGGAAAAUUCGCUAAACUGCGCCUCGUUCACAAUGGACUGUUCAUUCUGACCCGCUUUGCCACGAUGGUUCUGGCAUUCCUCACUUUGUUCUACAGCAUCGAAAACAUUUCGCAAACCAAGCGCGUCCUGAUGCUGUCGAUGGUGUUCGGUUUGCAAGGCUACCUAUUUUUCGACUUCAUCUCCAGCGUACUGCGUUCCAAGCGGGAAAGCUCGACCGAGGAACGGGCCAAAGUAACGGUUAGCACAAAUAAGACUGAAAAGCCGAAAAAGCAGAAGAAAAAGGAAAGUGAUCUUCCGGAGGCCGAUCAAAACUCUGCACAGCCAUCUCCAAAAGCGACAACGGCGACGACGACCAACGUGAGCAACGUCCGUAAGGCGAAAGUAAAGUAA